UAAACUUUAUCCGGAAAGAAAAUAGAUACACAUGGUGCAUGAAAGGACAAUUUCGCAAACGUGAUUUAUAAAGAAUUGAAUAUUAGUAAAUUGAGAGAAGAGAUCAAAGCAAACAGUUGUGUAAUGAAACCGCAAACAAUGUGCUUAUACAAUAUAGUGUUUGAUCGUUGAUAAAUUGCCGAAAUUAUCGUUUCGGCACAUAUACAUCAGACGUCUAUUUAUACAAACAGAACAUAAUUGACAAAACCAGUGUUUUUUUUUUAUUUUUUAAAUGACGUCUUCAAUGAUAAUCCCAGUAGUAGAUGUGCAGGGUAACAAUUUCACGGAGUUGUGGGCAGCAAUGGUGUUGGCCAUGAAAACAUCAUCAUUCAUUGCUAUUGAUACGGAGCUAAGUGGUCUUGGAUCAAGGAAAGCUCUUCUAGCAGAAUCCAUUGAAGACAGAUACAAAGCCAUAUGCCAUGCAGCUCGCACCCGAUCUGUACUUUCUUUGGGGAUUGCAUGUUAUAAAGAACUUGACAAUAAAGCAGACAGCACAUACCUGGUCCAGGUGUACAAUCUAACCUUGCUUUGCACAGAGGAGUACAUCAUUGAACCUCAGUCAGUGCAGUUUCUUGUGCAACAUGGAUUUGACUUCAACAAACAAUAUGCUCAAGGCAUUCCCUAUCAUAAGGGUAAUGAUAAAGGAGGUGAUGCCCAUGGGGUAAACAUGCGAUCAUUCUUUGUAGAGCUUCUUAGGGCAAACAAGCCUUUGGUGGUCCACAAUGGGUUAAUAGACAUGGUCUUCUUGUACCAGUGCUUCUAUGCCCAUUUACCUGACCGACUUGGCACCUUCACAGCAGAUCUCUCCCAAAUGUUUCCCUCUGGCAUCUACGACACAAAGUAUGCAACGGAGUAUGAGCUGCGGUUUACAGCUUCAUACCUGGAAUACGCUUAUAAGAAGUGUAAGCUGGAAAAUUCCAAAGCCAUCGAAGGUGGUAAGAGUGGGACUCACGUGUUCCUGGAGUUUUGUAAAUAUACGGGGAACAUGCAGAGCUACAUAGACUACAGGCCUUGUGUGGACAACCAGAGUCACGAUGGUGCCCUCAACCUCUGUGUUCAGUUCUCUUCAUAUGGAUGGUGUCCUAAUGGCUCUCAGUGCCCCAUGUCCCAUGACACAGACCUUAUAAUCCUGAAUGAUGAGAAGAAUAAACAGGACAAGAGAAAGAAGAGAAAGCGCAAGGAUAAAAAGAAGGAUUCUCAAGGGCAACCAGACAGACCACCAGAUACAUGCGAAUCCCCAGAGGGCAAGCGGACGCACAUGGAAAACAUGGAAUUGGAGGUAGAGGUGAACCUACAGGACCAGGCAAUGCCCAAAUGUGAGCCAGAACAUAAGGAAGUGCCCAAAUGUGAGCCAGAACAUCAGAAGACGACGGUUAGUAAUGAGGCAGAAGAUACUGUGCCUACAAAAACAACCAGCAAAAAUGGGACUGAUAAAUCUCAACCAGAAGCCUCUUCUGUGGCUCCCGAAACAACAAAGGAAAAGAAGGUUGAAGGAGGAACACACAGAGCAGGGUUUGAUGCUUUCAUGACCGGCUAUAUUUUUGCUUUUGCCAGAACUCUUACGGCAAAGACAGAAGAAAACACCUCAGCUGCCCUCGUCCCUGAAUGUCUCAAUAAGCUGUUCCUCAGUGGCAAAUCUAUUCCUUUACACGUAGCCAAAAGCACCUUCUCCAAAUCUUCAAAGGCUCACGUGCACAAAAUGGAGUCUAUCUGGGGAAAAAGCUUUGCUGUCAAAACCGAACAAAGUGCAUAGAAACCUUAUUUUCUAGACUUCUUUCUUUGUGCACAUUUUUUGACUAAUAAAAUUUAAGUUUUUACAUUUAA